AUGGCGGGCGCACCGGGUGCAAUUCGCAAAGCAUGGUACCAAUGGAAGAUGAAGCGCUUCCCCUGGCGCAAGAAGUGGCUUGUGGGCUUUGAUCUCCAGGGCAACACCUUUUGGGAAUUCAAAGACGCUCUGCACGCCCUGCGCAACCGACGGAUCGCAAAAUACAGUCGCAGCACUCACUAUGGCGACGUGCAAAUAUCACCGUCAUGGAUGCAAUGGCUGAGACACACGCGCUACGAACCCCCCACCGUCGCCGAACAACACCAGGACAUGAUGAGGCAGGAGCGGAUGAAGCAGCUGGCAGCGCAAGCAGAUGCACGAUGGGCUGAGAAGCCGUCAGCGCUCGAUGCGCCGGAUAAGCAACAGCCCGUGCAAAUGCUGCAGUCGCGAGACCCAGACAGCGGCGUCACGCAAAUGAAUGCCGACCAAGAGAUACGGGACAGCAUAGAGCCACCGCGGACACUCGAUCAGGAAGCCGCGAGACCAGCGCCAGUAGAAUCGGAACAACCCGCAGAGCCUCAGCAGAUGCCACGCGACCCGCCAGCACCGCCUGCCGAAGACGACGCGCCUGCCUUCACACCUAGGAAGAGGAUGAAGAAGGAGCCCAAAGACUCGCCAUGGAAGCAGGCGGCUCAGAGUCAGGAGUGGCAACCACAGGGCUGGAGUCCAGCGCCAGCCAAACGACGAUCAUGA